AUGCUUGAAGCAUCUGUGAGGAAGCAAUUUCUCUUGGGGUCAUGGUCCUCGUCUGCUUGUGCCAUCAAUAGAGGCCUCAACUGUUACACGCUUUUAUUUUGUUUGAAUGAGGGUAGCACCUGCACAACAUCCGGUCUCAUUUUAGAUGAGGUCUGGACAACUGAUAUCAGAACUUACAAUGAUUGGCCAUCUCUCAAAAUCAACACUGCGCACCAAACGAGCUGGAAUCGUGUCAUCCCUGAACAUCAUGGACAGCUCUGCAUCUAUAUAAGACAUGCACGAACCAGUUACUUUGCGCUUCAACAUCCCUCGCACCACAAGCCUUUCUCCGAUCCAAGCCGAAAACCAUCAAACCAUCCGAAAAACCAGGUCUACCUCUUCAACAUGUAUCAUCGCCGUACAUGUUUUCUCUUGGCCCUCUUGGCCCUGGUCACAGUCGCCUUUGCAGUGAAUGCCAAGCGCUUCGAGAAAGACAUCUCCAUUCAGGGAGAUGCCGCGGACGACAUGGAAGUUGCGGAACGAGGUGGCUGCCGUUGCUACAAGCGCAGGUAUCACCACUGCCGUCACCGUUGCUAUUACUAUUCACACGGUAAAAAGUACAAGGGAUGGUAUUGCUGCUAGAUUCAUCGUCAGGACUGCUCGCUGAGCUACCCGCACCACCUGGAGUGCAGUUGUUAGAAUGGACUCCAGCCGUCACAAUGGGAUUAUCAAAUUCUUUGCUAGCCAGGGAGUCGACUACAGCUGUUUCCAGUCUCAAUGCCAAUACAUCGCAAAACAAUUUCAAAUCCCUUUCAUGAAGUGUAGUUGCUCGUGAAAUUCCCUGCAAAGGGCAUCCUUAGUUGGCUGUGUGUGUGGGCAUCGCGAUGUACCCCGUUUUAAUUUAGAAUAUGGCGAUGAGAAGCAGUAUCAAUGCUUCUUCAAAUAAAAACGUCUUGUUUCCAUACCAAAA